UACAUGCAUAUAUAUAUGCGUUUGCAGAGGAUAAUUCCUCCCAUCGUCGUAGUAAGAAUGAGCGAGUCUCCGAGUCAGAGACGGAGGGUUCACCAGGCUACUGAGUCUUCCCAGUCCGGGAUUUUCAAUGAGCGUAUUCUCGUCCUUGUCUUCGAGUCUUUAAAAUGGGAUAUUCGAGAUCUUUGCGCGACUGCGUCUGUUAACCAUAAACUUCGCGCCGUCUCGAAACGACUUCUCUGGAGGGAGCUAUGCGUGUAUCGCGCACCUCGAAUGAUAGCUACAUUGAUGGAUGGUGUGCCUAACAGCCGAAUUUGCGGCGGAUGGCAGUCGAUGGCGAAAUUACUAUUUUUCUGUUGCGGAUGUGAGUCGACUCGGUGUAUUAGACUGAGUCAACCCUUGCACGGUCAUUUCAUGAAGGAGUCCCGGUUUUCGAAGACUUCGGGUCAGAGCUUUUUGACGAAGAAAUGCAGAGGAGAUGUGCUAUAUUUGAGCGACCCGUGUGAGCAUCCAGCAAGGGGCAAAGAGUACGAUUUAGGUAUUUAUAGAGGGGUAUUUCGGGAAUUUAAGAAGUCGAGGACCCGGGAGUGUUUGAUAAACCGCCGGGUGGAGUUUGAGGAGAAAAUCCGAUGUCCUUAUUGUGGGACUCGGGUCUGGAGUAUGACAGCAGCUCGGCUUGUUCCCAAGAAGAGUGCGGCUAGGAGACUCGGCUCGCACGAUGAGGGAUUAGAGUAUUUCGUGUGCCUGAAUGGGCACUUGCACGGGACAUGUUUGCUGGUGCCACUAUCUUCCGAUGAAGAUGAAGCUGCUGAUGAUGAGAGUGGUGAUGAUUUGGACGGUCAGUAGACCGUAAUGUAUCUAUAUGUCAUCGGAAUUGGCUGGCUUAGGUACUCCGCCGCAUGGAAUUUACAGAUUUUUCUUUCUUGUACGGUCAGUGAUUCCACGUAUUGAUAUGGAGUCAUUUUCCUGUUGUAAAUUUGAUGCACCAUUGUGUCUGUAUAUUUUUUGCAUUGAUGGAGAUUAGUAACAUUUAGUGUAAGAUAAUGUUAUUAGUUUAUUACUUUUAAUUCAUUAAUGGAGACUUAGUCACAAAUUCAAGUA